GGUGUAGAGGGAUCAUUGGCCCACAGAAUGGAACGUACUGGCACCGCGCGGAGUCCCUGUCUCCUGAGCAACUGGGUGGAAGAGAGAGCCACGGCGUCUUUAGAUUGUGACUCCAGUGCAGGAACCGGUACCGGGCACCGGGGUAUCCUCACCCCCGAACUGCUGGCAAAGCUCAUGGACUCCACCACCUACCGAGACUCCUACACACAGCUUCCUGGUACCAGCAACUGUCAGCGAGGACAAAGGGAGGAGCUGCUGAAGAAGUUCCUGUAUGAGAAGUUCAGGAAGGAAAUACUCAGCGAGAUCAACUCAUCUGCCCAAGAGCCCACACUCACCGAAUCCACAACAAAGAGAGACUAUCAGGUGGAAGGAUUUAUACCUCGGAAACCCCAGCCGAGUAGGACUCACGACUACCGUACGGAGCAGCCGGUGACCUUCUGGGCAGAGAAUGUGCGCAGUAUCACUGGGGUCUCCGACACCCGCACUAAGGACACUCCCUUCAGAAAGAGUUCGAGGUUCUCGGCCCCAAUAUCGGAAUAUUUAGACCAACCCGUUCCCUACAGCCUGGAAAACUACCCCAACAUGUGACCCUUCUAACUGCCCCUCUGCCAUUGUAUCAAGUACCCCUGCCUGAGUAACGACUUGCAUUUCAGACAGAGUACAGCCCCAGCGGGGGGCCCCACAGUCUCUCAGCACUGGGAGGUCCUGAAUGGGCCCCAGUUAUGUCUAGUGGGGGCCCCAACUGCACCACAGAGAUGGAACCCGGCCAGACGUUAGAUAUGGUCUCUAAUGUUCCUUCCUACUCAAUAAAGCCCCAAUAUGGUCUGA